CGACUAGCUCCUCUGACUCUUUAAGGCCGGGUCCAAUUGCGUUUACUGCCUCACUUUUCUUUUUCUUUUUCAGUUUCUUCCCUUUUUUCUCUGGCCUCUCUUCAGCACUGUGUCCACCGGCAACCGGCUUUGACGUUUCCUGUCUUACUCUAUUCUGUCCAAUCUCCUCAUUCUCAGGAUUUACUCACUUGCACAGCAUACACCUAGCCUUUCGUACCCGCACACCCUCAGACUGAGAUUGGCUGUGGUACCAAUUCUCACCCCCCCUGCUGGAGAUACGAACAUCUCUUUUUGCCUGCUGCCCGCCCUUCCUCCUCCUCAUCUAACUUUCUCCCCAACAUGACCUCAACCUCCGACCCCCGACAGCCGUUUGCCUCGACCAGCUCAGAGACCUCGGCCGUUAACCCCUCGACAGCAAUUCCUACCAGCAGUACACCUAGCAACCACACCACCACCACCAGCGGUCAAGAUGCCCCGCGACAACAGUCCUCCGCCCCCGCCGCCUCCGCCUCCGAACUCGCCAGUACAAAGAUAAGCCUGCUGGGAGCCCUCCGUAGCUUCCCUGAUUUCCCCAUCCCUGGUAUCAACUUUAUCGACAUCAUGCCACUCUUCCAGGACCCCACCAUUCACGCUUCUCUGCUGCGGGCCCUCAAGCUUCAGGUCCAAGAGUUUGGGUUGUCUAGCGACAAUACUACUGUCACCAAGCCAGAUGUCAUUGUGGGCCUGGACGCGAGAGGCUUUCUCUUUGGCCCUUCACUCGCCCUCCAGUUCGAUGCCAGCUUCGUCCCCGUUCGCAAGCAGGGCAAGCUACCUGGUCCUUGCGUGACGGCCACCUACGAGAAGGAAUAUGGUGCAGACUUCUUCCAGAUGCAGGAGGGCGCCAUCAAACCCGGGCAGAAAGUGCUGGUUGUGGACGAUAUCAUUGCUACAGGUGGAUCGGCGGCCGCUGCCGGAUCGCUGGUGAAGCAGCUGGGAGGCGACCUGAUGGGCUAUCUCUUCAUCCUAGAGAUCCCCUUCCUUAAGGGCAGGGAGAAGCUCGGCGGAUUACCAACCGUCACACUCCUAGAAACCGAUUCCUAAGUUUGCCUGCCAUCGAUUCAUCUAUCUCGCCCGACGCAGACCUGAACGAGCGGGAUGUCACUCACCCCUACGUCAGCCCCGGCACGCUGAAAGUUCUAAUACCAACUGCGUUAUGGUCCUGGUCUCGUUUUUCCUUUUUCUUCUUCUCUUUUCUUCCUAUCAUAUCUCGCCAGUCUACCGCAUCACUGGGGCACACUGUAAUGAAUGAGGUUCGGGUUGGGCAGACAUGAGGUUUAGCAAAGAUUACCCACUCUGGCUGUCGUGCGACGCGCAGGCGGCCUAGUGGGCAAGGGUCUAAUAAUAUCCGGCCGGCAGGUGUCUGCUUGGAGGGGAUCUCACCAUAUCAUUUUGCUGCAUGCCGGCCGGAAUUUGAGGGGCAUGCUAGUUGCACAGUACGGCGUUGCGGUUUUUCAAACAAAAACGGGCCGUGUGAAGCGUUUCAACCGCGAUACGAGGCGGAGACUGGCAGCAUUAUAGACUUG